GCCGCUGGGGGCCGCUGGGGGCGCCGCAGGUGCGGAGGAUCCGCUGUACCUGCCGGGCAGCCGGGCGGACCCUCCCUCCGCGCUGCGCCCCGCGAGGGGAGACCUGAGGGAUUCUCGGGAGAAGGGGUGCGUCCUGGGGCGGCCGCUGAUGAAGAAAGGACCCGGUGCCCCGAAGCCUCUGAGUAGAAGGGGAUCGCAGAGGGGCCAGCAUGGGCGGCGAAGUGCCCACACCUUGGCUGCUGCUCUUCACCUGGCUCCCCGCAGGGUGCCUGUCCUUGCUGGUGACGGUCCAGCACACAGAGCGUUAUGUCACCCUGUUUGCCUCCGUCAUCCUCAAAUGUGACUACACCACCUCUGCCCAGCUCCAGGACGUGGUGGUGACCUGGCGCUUCAAGUCCUUCUGCAAGGACCCCAUCUUUGACUACUACUCUGCAUCAUACCAGGCAGCGUUGUCCCUGGGCCAGGACCCAUCAAAUGACUGCAACGACAACCAGCGGGAAGUUCGCAUCGUGGCCCAGCGGCGGGGACAGAAUGAGCCUGUGCUGGGGGUGGAUUACCGGCAGCGUAAGAUCACCAUCCAGAACCGAGCAGAUCUGGUGAUUAAUGAAGUGAUGUGGUGGGAUCAUGGAGUGUAUUAUUGCACCAUUGAGGCUCCAGGGGACACCUCAGGAGACCCAGAUAAGGAGGUGAAGCUCAUCGUCCUGCACUGGCUGACGGUGAUCUUCAUCAUUCUGGGAGCCCUCCUCCUCCUGCUGCUGGUUGGUGUGUGCUGGUGUCAGUGCUGUCCUCAGUAUUGCUGCUGCUACGUCCGCUGCCCCUGCUGUCCCACCCGCUGCUGCUGCCCUGAGGAAGCCCUGGCCCGCCACCGCUACAUGAAGCAGGCUCAGGCCCUAGGUUCUCAAAUGAUGGAAAAACCCCUGUACUGGGGGGCGGACAGGAGCUCCCAGGUUUCAUCUUAUGCAAUGAACCCGCUGCUGCAGCGAGAUUUGUCCUCGCGGUCCAGUCUUCCACAGAUGCCAGUGACCCAGACCACGGCUCACCCUCCCAUCACCAACGGUGUCCUGGAGUAUUUGGAAAAAGAGCUGCGGAACCUCAACCCCGCUCAGCCUCUGCCCCCUGACCUCAAAACCAGAUUGGGCCAUCCCUGCAGCAUGCUGUCUUCCCUGGGCUCUGAGGUUGUGGAACGCAGAAUAAUCCACCUGCCCCCGCUGAUCAGAGACCUGCCAUCCUCAAGGAGGACCAGCGACUCCAUGCACCAGCAGUGGCUCGCUCCAGUUCCCUCCAGACCCUGGGAUCUGAGGGAGGGGAGAAGGCAGCAUCAUUACUCUGAUUUCCAGCAGCAGUUCCAGGACGGGGGGCCAAAGCCCUGGGCAUUGGAGAGAAGGGAGCUGGACCACCUGUGGAGUGGAAGGCACCGCAGCUCCAGGCUCCAUGGGUCACCCAUGCCCUGGUCAGACAGGGACAGCCUCAGCGAUGGCCCCUCCUCCAGCGUGGCGCGCUGGCAUCCCAGCCGACCCCCCCUGAGGAGCCACUAUCAGCAGAGGCCCCGCAGGCCCCGCCCCCGGGAGAGCGCCCAGAGGCGAGGGAGACGCAGGCACCGCAGCCACUCCCCGCCCCUGCCCUCGGGCCUCAGCUCUUGGAGCUCUGAGGAGGAGAGGGAGAGGCAGCCCCAGAGCCGGAGGGCCCGCCGCCAGCGCUCCCACUCCCCAGACUGGCCUGAGGAGAAGCCGCCCAGCUACAGCUCGCUGGAUGUCAUUCCAGGCAAGAAUGGCAGGAAAAAAGGGAGUGUGGAGAGGCGCUCGGAGAGAGGCAGCUCCCGUAGCGGAAGGAGUGUUGUCAUUUAGUCACCAGGCACAGCACAGAUUCUGUGGCUACUUCUUGGCUCCCGCGUGUCCUCAGCAUCACGUAGAUUUCCAGCUGACUUGGGCGAGACCUGCAAGUCUGUAUAUAAGGGUUUUGGCUUAGAUUCUGAGAAUCAAAUAGAAGAAUUUUAAAAAUAAGAAUUUAAGGAAUUAAUGACUGUCAUUUUAGCUUUGGUUCACACACUCUGCAUAUUUAUAUAGUCUCUGACUAGUAAUGGACCCUAACUGGGAUGUGAUCCCUCAGGAACUUAAGUAGCCUGAGUCUUUAAACUAGGCUGCACUGCCCAGGACUGUGGCCAUUUUCAAAGUGAGGACUCAGGAAUUUUUAAGAAGAAAUUAAACAUGUUGGAAAUCUAUGGAAUAUUAUAGGGAAUUCCUGUGGAAACUUGUCUCUCUCUAUUGCAUAUCUUGAGGGUCCCUCCAUGUUUGGAGUUUAUCCUGCUGCCCCCACGCUCAGUCCUGAGCCAUCCUAAGGUUCUAGCAAGAGAUGUCACAGGAAAUACUCCAACCUUGUGCCCUCUCAUGGGCUAUUUAUUUUAAAUGUAAAAACUCACAGGUAAGCAGUUUUUACAGACUUAUUCCUGUGCCUUGUUUUCUUCUUACUCUUAAUUUAUAGUUUCUUAUAUAUUAUGUAUCCAUUAAAAUCACUUUAAAUGCUUCUUGGGAACAACAAAGUGUAUAAAUGAAUAAGAAAUAAAACGUACCGGGCUGAGGAUUCUACCCCAA